AUGGGUAGUAUAUUGAAUCGAUCAUGGAUUGAAGACAAUGAAACAUACAUUAAAAUACGAAAAGAUAAACAAAUACAACAACAUCAAAAUUUUGAUUUUAUUAAAACAUAUGAAUUAUUGAAUAAAAAUUUUGAUCAACAACAAAUAAUGAAAAUAAAUGUCUUAACUAAAUAUGAAACAUUUGUUCUAAUAGAUCCACUUGAUGCAUCUAAUAAUUAUUCAAUUACUGAAAAUAAUGUAGGAAAUCAACCAUGGCAAUUUUUUCAUGAUGUUAAUAAUUCAUUUUAUCCAGUAAAAUCACAUCAAAUGACACCAUCCCAUAAUAUUUCAUAUAAUCCUAAUGAAUAUAUUCAUGUUGAAGUUCCUGAUAUGAUUAAGAAUCAAUCACAAACUGUUAUGUUUGAUGAACAUUUACCAAAAAAAUGA